ACUAUAGCGAGAGCAUAGUACAUUUGAAGAAUAGAGAUAAACACGCAGCACAUAAACUGAGUUUAUUAAACUUCAACGUUGUCCAUUUUCUCUCAAGAUGUUCCCUCCUUUUUAAACUGCUUUUGGCGUCGUUGUCUUGUUGAUCCUUGCUUGCCUUGCGGUUGGAGGCAGCUUGCUCUGGGCGUCGUUGUGUGGCGGAAAGCCACACCGUUGUGUGGCGUAAAGCCGCCACACGACAAGAAUUGAUCGACGCACUAGCAACUAAAGCCAGCACAGUUAUUGAUAUUAUAAAAGGAGGGGAGAAUGACGAAGAUGGAAGACCUCACGGAGAGGCUUCGUGCGGAAAUGGGCACAACUUACGAAGGCGGAUCUUCAAGUAGUAGUUCCUCUUUCUAUGAGCUUAAGGACGGCAAGGAACCCGGAAAGUGUUCUAGGGUAGAUGGAUGGGGCAUUGGCGUUGUUGAUGAAGAUGCCGAGAGUAGGAAAAGUACUAGAUGGCUGCAUUUUGUGGUGCAGAAGCUAGUAAAGAAGAGUAGAUCUUCAACAUGGAAAUCGAGAUGGAUACGGAGUAAGCACAGGACAUCAAGAUCAUCCUCCAGAACUCUAGUAGAAAAACGCCGUAGUAGUUAUUUCUCGUCCGAUGCGUCACCACCACCACCAGGAGCUAUUAUACCCAAAACUUCUAAUGGUCACGCUGCUCAUUUUACUCGCAAAACAUUGAGCAGUCGUCUCGGACUUCCAGGACUCUUACUUUGUUCGUAUCUACGUCUACUCCUGUUGCUAACUACUCCUGUAGUCUUGCCAGCACAGGCAGAUCAGCUAAUCCGAGCUCCGACGGAUUGUUGGGCAGGUGGUUGGACACCGGAGAUUUGUUGUUAAGACUCGAACGAGAAGUUAUAGUUCGUGGUUGGAAGAAGUCAACUUCAUUGGUAGAGGACCUCAGCUUCCUCUUUCUCCUACUUACUUGACAUGGAGAGACUAGAAGUUCACAGAUGUAACUAACCUAUCCAGGGUACAACGCUUGAUGACACUGUUGAGAACGUCUAGAAGCUAGUAUUGAUAGAUUUACCGUCAUUAAUCAGGGGAAGAGGUAGAGACGUGCUUCCUAGAGACGUGCUCCCUCCUCCAUCAUCCUCCUCCUCCUUGCCCUGCGUCCUCCUCUAACCUUCUAGUUCACCAGGUGCUCAGGGGAAUCCACUGUGCUGGGAUUACAUUUACACGUAUGAAAAGUGCUGCACAGACACCAUCGAAGGCCAGCUUUUCCAUCACAAGCGGCUUUUGUUCAUUGAGUUAUGGAUUCUAGCACUACUCACGUUGUUCCUCUCUGAUAGAAGAAGAAAGAUAAAAUUAGUCUUCUAGCUUGAAAUAGAAAUAGGUAGCCAACCAGACUUGUUGCUGCUUCUAUGAAAAAUGGUAUACCAACAUGGAGGACUAGUUUUUUCGGGGCAUACCGAAAGUUCUUCAUAUUACGAAGCUUUAUUAGAUCAUUAAAAGUAAUAUGCUUUCAUCUUCAACAUGAUCAACACACAGUGGAAGUACUAUACUAGAGCUCGUCCCCACUACACCUACUCCACAGCAUCUAAUCUCUGACAUGGUGAAAAAAGGCGCAAAGGUGCACUUUGAAAUCCGGCAAAUUGAAGGAACGGGUCGAUCCGGUGCCGUAAACACGGGUUUUACUUCAGCGGAUUCUGCCUCGGUACCCGGGACGGGAACGGAACUGAUGGUUGUUAUGUGCGUCAUUAAGGGUAGGUUAAAGGUGCUUUUCUUACCGCUUUUUAUGCCUCUCCUAAGGGAGAAGGGCAUAACAAGCGGGGUAAGCGAGCACCAGAAGCCUACCUCUAAGUAAAGACUCCUUACUACUUCCUUGAUUGGGUAGAAGUACUAGCACUUUGCUCCUCUUCAAUGAAGCAAAAUGUUGGAAUGGUCUUCAUGACUCUGAGUCAUGGUUUCGCUUUCGAUGAGGAGGCCGCUUCCAAUGAGGAGGUCGCUUCUAGUUGACCCCUACAAGUAUUCGUAUUGCAUACGCUCACGCAUGGGAGCAUUGUCAUCUCAAAAGCACUAAAUCAUCAUCCACUACUUACCACUAGUACCGCAAGUAUUUUGAACUUGAUUUUGAGUUAUUUCUUCUCAAUCUUCGAAAAAUAUUCAAUUUAUCUCAUCUAAUUCAAAUUCAUUUUCUGAGGGUGCAAUGUUUGUUAACUUCGUUCUCCCCACUUCUCUAAACCUCCACGUGACGACACUUCUGCAGAUACCAAGCAAGAUUCCGCACCUACGGGAUCCACCCAGCAGAAAGUGGUUCCUCGUGGCCAAGAAGUUCUUCGAGUCCCACUCAAUCAGACUUACGGAUCAGUGGAUUUGCCGGAAACGAUAAGGGAAAGUAUGACCGACUGCGACGCACACGCCAAAUUAGCUAUGGGCUUGGUAGACGAAGAUUUGAAAGGCGACAAGUCGAAACUGUUUAGGUGGAUAGAACUUUUGCCGAAGAAUUUCGCGAACGUGCUUUGGUAUAGCAGUGAACAGGUAUUUUUGUGCCACGUGCUGAGGGUGUCGCGUAGCAGUGAUUCAACUUACUACAGUUGUCUAUCUUGUAUAUAAAUAUGUGAACCAACAUGAUGUAACUGGUUUGUGCGGUUAGAAGGAAUACCGUAGUUUUCUGCUGAGUAGAUUUAUCCUAUAUUUUUACCCUAAUAUCUUGAUCUUCAGCGCAUCCUGGUGAACCAAACGUAUUUCCGGUACAUCAUGGAGGACUGGGACAAGCAGAUCAAUUGCAUGUGGGAGGCUUAUCCGAAGAUCUAUAAGAAUAUUGUGACGACAGACAAUACAGCGAUGAAUAAGAUGAGGUACAACUACUAACGACAGACAAUACAGCGAUGAAUAAGAUGGGGCACAACUACACUUGAUAUAAUACUAAAGUACAGCGAUGAAUAAGAUGAGGUACAACUACUACACUUGAUAUACUAUACUAAUACUACUUAUCAUUUCAUUAAUACUGGCAAUACUUAUACCAACACGGUGAUGAAUUCAGAUGAACUAUUUCGAAAUUUUUUCACGCAUUAUUUCUUGACGCAUUAGGCACUAACAAUUCAUCAAUCUUUUGAUGUUGCAUCCUCUUUUUCCAUUGAUUCGUUUCCUUUUCUAGCAGGUAGGGCUCUUCUAUUGGGAACUCCACCAAAUAACUACAGGUUUGCUACAAAAUGGGCUUUUUCUAUCGUCAAGACUCGUGGCUUUGCCUUCGAUACCAGUCGAAACUCGACCUUGCUCAUACCACUAGCAGAUUUUUUGAACCAUCAUCCGAAAGCAAACGUGCGGACGCCGGAUCCAUUGCCGAAGGUGGUAAAUUAGAAUCGAUGUUGAUCAUGACACAAUGCCCUACUCCAUGAAAUUUUCGAAAUUUCCGAUGCAUCGCUCUACUGGAGUACUUAUGUAUGAAUGUCUUAUGAAUGUAUCCACUUCUUGGUGUUCCUGGAGUAUCUAUCCGUACACAGCAAGCUUUACCAAGUGGAUCAUUUUACGGAGAAGUUGCAACUACCACCUUCCAAAUUUGCUAUGCAAACCUUCUAGAAGUAACCUCCACCCACCCCAAUCUCCUCAGGACACAUCAGCAGGAGCAUCACCUGCACAAGAAGGCGCUGAAGAAGGCGAAGAUAGAGGCUCUUUAGACCGCACUUCUGAAGAUGCAAAAGACUGGAUAUCUUUCAAAGCUUCUGAAGCAAUAGGCAGUGGCGAAGAGAUGUGCAUCGAGUACUCACAAGCCUCCAAUUUAGAGUUCAUGUUAUGGAACGUUUACUGGGUGGUCAGAGGUACUUUGAUUUAUUCGUGUAGGUACUCAAUAAACGAGAUAACUUUUGCUAGUGGAGUCUGGUGUCAUCUCAACUACCAGCUUCAUCUAACUAGCAAGUUCUUCAUCCUCUGUUUGAUUUUCGUCCUAGCUCGCUUCAAAAAUAUGAAUAUUAUCAGCUACUUCAACAUAACUUCUAUUCUUCCCCAAUCCCACAAGAAGCAACGUGAUUCUCGUAGUCUAGUUCUAAUCUGAGUCCGUUAUGGUUUCAAAGUAGACGAAAAUCCGUAUGGGGCCAGGCAUUUUGACCUCGGAGGCGAACCCCUGCAGAGCUAUUGCCCACCGAUCAUUUUGAGACUUAAGGCUUCAGGUAGUCCAUCUCCAGAAGCAUCUGGCGGCGCCCUCCUCUCUAUCUAAGGGUGGAAAAACAGAGGCCUGAGGAUGACGUUCAAGAUGGACUGCGGGAAGGUUUAAGAGACACGACUUACCAGAAGUAGUGGCAAACGCAACAGUGGAUUGCCAUAGACAAGCGCGAUAUCUUUAAGGCAGUUACUACAUUCUUAGACCUGAGCCGCUUCUUUCUCUUACUUCUGCUUCCUGUCUGAUUACUACAGACCACCACAGUAGCAACUACACUAUAAUAGCAUAAUUUAUAGAACGGAUGUAGGAUGGACUUGGAUCAUGGAUCGGAUGGGCCCCCCCGAUUCUUCCGAUCCUACUUGAAAUGGCGGGAAGUCCAUCCGAUCCAUCCGAUCCAUCCCAUCCCGGAUCUGGCACCCCUCUGCGUUAUUCUAUAGUCUACGCAUAUUACUACAGACCACCACAGUAGCAACUACACUAAAAUAUGACCGCCUUUACCAAAUCAAGAAGUCAACUUUCUUCCCUUUUUGUUUUCUCUACUGUUUCCCGAUCCAUCUACGACUUUAUAGUUUUUUUGGAGACGUCGAAUUGGGAAGUCGAAUUUGUUAGUACUCGUCACGACACAACUCUAACCUUUCGCAUUUGAGCAACAGUGGGCAAGUGAGGGAGGCGCGAUGACCAACGAUGAACGGCUAGCACAGGACAAACAAAUCUAUACUGCUGUACAGCAUGCCUGUCUGGAUUUGUAUUAUGCACGAGCUAGAAGUACGGAGCUCGUCCAUUUCUUCAAGUUGAAUAAGUAUGAUAGAGUAGUCUCUCACUCACCUGUAUGAUAGAGUAGUCUCUCACUCACCUACAAAGAGACUGUAUGAUAGAGUAGUCUUUCAGUCACCAUACAUAUUUCUUCCACUUCUAGCUCCUCUAAGUCCUUCCCUAAGUGGACUAUCUUCUUUUCGUAAAAACUACUUUGAAAGUGAGACUUCUCUACCAGAAGCAAGUACAGCUCAGAGGUCUUGGGGUUCAAAAAUAUUUCAUAAUAAUUUCUUAGCUCGUCCUGAAGAUUUUUCAUGCACUAAAUGUAAAUCAAAAUCAAUCUCAAAAGUAAUUGUCUCACUUUGCCUCUUCCUCUUUCCUCCACGUUCCAAUGAGCUUCCACCUCCCCACCAAGCUCUCUAAUGUCCCAAAGAGCUAGAAACGCCGAAAGGGCAACCGAAAUUAGUAGCUUACGAGAAGCAUUCGAGCGAUCCUAUCACACACGGUCUAGUAUAUGGAGGAUGAUGUUUAUUGUUCCAUCUGUCAGACCAUCGAGGCUUCCCUUAAUAGUACAACUAUGUAUACGUUUAUUUCAGGGGAAAAGGGUACAACUAGCCAUGAUGGUCCGCGUAGAUGGAAUGGGCACCAUUCAUAUCGUCAAUGAGAUCCGGAACGAGAGACGUCUGGCACAACGUUGCGUUGACGAAUUCUAUCAGCGGAAAGUGAGAAGCGAUUUGGUUCUCCCAGUGAAUCUUAUGAUUACACACAGUACUUAUCUUACUGCUAGUACUAGUCUACUGAACUUCGUCUGGACUGGGACAGGUGAAGCUAGAUCUUCUUCGAACUGGAACUACUACAGUAUUAAUGGUAGUAAUUUUAGGAGCAGAAGAUCAAGAAACUACUCCUACUGUUUUACUUAAAUAGUGCGAGCGGCAAGUCUGAAACAAACAAGGGAUAAAAUUAUGUCCUGAGUCAAAGAUCGAACUCUCAACGGAAAGAUGAACAAGCUAUGCAUGGCACUGCUGCGUGAACAUCCUGGGGGAAACUUCUGUUGUUUUAAAAAAAGCUAUGCUAUCAUCUACUCCUAAAAAGAAAAACAAGCUCUAAUUUUUCUGACACGGUACGCAUAGCAACGAAGAUAGCUGGAGCCAUCCUGAACAAAUACAAUGAUAAAGAGGAGGAGCUCGGCAAAGGCGUAAAGGAUGAAGGAGAUGUGGAACUGUGACGGGUCACAAGAACAGAGGAUGGUGCUGAUAUGUAGAACCGUGACGAUGGUGAAGGACAUGUGGAACUGUAGUGAGGGGUCAAGAAGAAGAUGGAAGAAGUCCAACAACAAGUGGUCUUCAACAAGAAGAUGAAACUUCUUAGGACUAGGAGACUACCUAGAAUUUGAAUUUCUACAGCAAAAUAUUACUACUCCACAUGAUUUUUCUACACUAACGCUACUCCUACACAAGAUGAAUUUGUACAAAUUUUCUUCUUUUCACGCCUCACUCUCGGAUACUGGAGAAAUCAUUUCCAGCCAUUGACUCAUAGUCAGAUCCCGAUAAACAUAAGUUUUUUACAACCACAAAGGGACUCUCUCCCAUUUAUUACAUUCAUUCUCAAUAAGAGGACUAGCACCAGUCGUGAAAAAAUGCGUAUAAUCAAUGUUAUCAAAAACUCCAAGAAUAAGAAAGAAUAGCGACAUGAUUUCCGCUAGCGGCAAGAUACAACUACAUUCCAACAUCUUCGCCUUUUUUCCUUCCAGUGAAGGCUACGCUGGUUUUUCAGUAGGUAGCCCUUACACUAUAGGUAAAGGUAUAGGCAUAGUGGUGCUUAUUAUACCGGUAUAGGCAUAAUGGUCAUUAUUGCUUCUAUUACUGGCAUACUCAUAUGGAUAGCGCUAGUUCAUAUACUUAGAUCGUCACUAAAAAGCUGCUCGAUGAGGUGAGUAAUUUUGUAGCCGUAAACUCCCUAGCUUCUGACCGUUGUGCACUUGCAGCCGCUAUCUGUUUCACAAAAAACAGGGCGCACCGUUGGCCGCUCACGUUAUUCGACUGCGAGAAGAUAACGGCUCACCAUCUCGAUGCGUCAGCUGCUGAUCUGGUGUAAUGUUUAAGACGUUCACACGCUGAAAGUAUUGCGGUAGACUUCUGAGGCUGGGGCCAGCAAUCGCGUAGCACUAAGAACUCACCGGGAGACGUCUACUCUAGUGCCGCUAGUUCUCUCUCCAUGUUGGACAAAAUUGCCGCCAUGUAGUGUAGUCGAGGAAAGUGGCCCGCUUUUUGUGUAUUAUCUUCUUGGCUUCGCAAAAUCAUCAACGUCGUGCAUUAUCUUGAAACUGUGAAAGUGAUUCAGUGGCUACUGCAUCCGACUCAGAUCCUGGGAACAUGAGGGGGGAACGCUGCUGGUUCUAUUCUUGUGGCCUGUUAGGUCAGGUCGAGGAGUGCCGUGCCGUCGUCCCUCCAAUCUUUCUUGGACGUGUCGACUGAAGUAGUGAGGCUGGUGCAAUGGUUUAGCGGCAUGGCCCCCCCUCACUUGUUCUCUCUUGGCAUUCUUUCCAAGGGCCGAACCUGCCUAGCAUCACGCAGGAGACCACCCCACGCGAUGGCCCUUAGCUGCUCUCUUCUUUGCAUUCUUAUACCUGCUUUGCGCAAUCGAAGUGCUUUGAAGCACUCAGCUGGUAGUGGUAGCUGUGCUGGGCUCUUUUGCUCGUGGCGUGGGUUCGAGCCCCACAGGCUGACACUCAGCCCCCAAACUUUUCAACCAGAGGCCUGCCCCUAUAGGUUUGACGACAGUACCAGGCUACAGCCUCUACCUAGCAGCUUUGCCCGCGGAGUGCCUUACUUUGAUACCGUUCAACAGUGAGCGGGCCGCUUGGCAGAAAAAAGAGCUAGCUGGCGUAGUAGAACGCCUAGGGCUGUAGGAUUGGGGGCCUGGCGCUCUGUCUGUAGUCUUCGCCUUCCACUUCUGCAUAAGUCCGCCGCGCUGGGGCUUGUUUGGGUUCCAUAAUCGCCAUCAAGUAACUCAGCGGGCAGGUCUUCCGCUUUCACCUUUCAAGGCUCACCCUCACGCCUGAACGCCCCCAGCGUCUUGUCUUAUCUUAGUAGACUUCUCGGCGGCAGCGACGGCGUCUGGCAGUAGUUUCCCCAGUAUCUGCGAGAAGUUCUACUCAUACGGCGCCCCCCUCUCGUAUUUUGUGACUGUCCAGCCCGGUUGCAUUCUUCUCCUUUUCCUCAUAUUGUAAUACGUAUACUACGACGCCACCCAUGCCAUAGACACGACUCAGCAAAUCGAAACAGCGCCAAGGCCUUGAGAGGGAUGCAGGCCGUGCGCAGUAAAGUAAAACCUUGCAUCUUCAGCAAUAACAACUCGGCCGCCACUCACGUGAAGACUUCAAACAGGCACAGGAGUCAAGAAAGGGCGCCACCUGGGGGGCGUUACGAGUACGACAAGCCACCAUAAGUAGCGAGCUUGCGCUCAAAUUCUUAGGCGGUAAAAGUUUGAACGCCGUUGGCGCUGGGACUCAAUCGGAGUCAGCUCUUUUGCCUCUCUUCAUCAAGGCGCUCCGACUACACUAGGCAAACUGCCUGCAACGCCGUGGGCGUAGAGGUUGCGGCAGCGGCGCUACGUUUCUUUAACUUGUUCCCCCCUGGUUCUUCGUAUGAACUAACAAGGCCACUCUUGAACUAACUACACGCUUAGAACCCCGCGCAGCUUUUUCUUGCUCCCAGCGUCUAGAUUACUGGGAGCAGACUGCUGAACAUUGUUGGCAUUUUCUUACAGUGAUUCAAUUGGCAAGCCGCGAGCGCGGCCCAGGCUCUAGCGUUUUUAGAAGAGAGAGGCCAGGCGCACCGCAACAGCAAAAGAAAGGCUAAGCUGCUGAAGAAGAAGAUGAAACAAGUCAAGAAGCCCCCACACCCAAAAGGCAAGGCAUGCUGUGGCUUAGCUUCUUCCCCGGGAUAGUGUUGCGCAUCCUAGUGAGGCUCAGCAUUCUCAUUCGCAUUGUUUGCCGCUGUAUGCCCUUAGCUUCUCUUAGCGCUGGUGCCUCGUUGCGAUAUCAACCUUGUCCGCAAAGCAUCCGAUCGCGCGCUGUCAUGCGUUGCAAGCUUUUCGAUUGGCAGGCGUGAGAGAAAUCCACGCUACGCCAAUCUGCUGGCGCUGUUUCUUUGCUUUUUACCUGUUGAGAGUUGAGCCACAGAAAAAGCAAAGCCUUGGGGUGGUUUAGCUGAGUAAUUAAUUGAGGAAGAGAAACGAACUUGACGGGCAGCGCACUGAAAACACAGACACACAAGACAAAAGCAGCGCGGACCCAUCUUUUUCAGCCGGUGUCUUAAUGCAUUUGCAUCGACACCACUCAACCCAGCGAAGCAGUUGGCACCUAGCGCGCCCAUUCAUCGGAGGAGGGGGGCCCAAUAAUGCAGAGGCUGCCCCUCGAAGUUGAAAAGUCUGCGCUCCUUCUCGUAAGCCUUAAGGGGGGGGGCGGCCAUGCUGAGUAAUAUUUCGGCUGUCGAUCCCCAAACUAUGAAUCAACUCAAGCAUGAGCAUAAAGACCAUCUUACCGGUACGGAGAUCAACGGCGCAAAGAUUGACGAGCAUCAUGAUCAAGGAAACAACAGGAACAAGAUGAACAUAACAAGAGCAGCGCGAAGACCAACAGCAUCAAGAUCAUCAGCGUCAUCAUCAACAACAAAAAGAGCAAAGUCUUAAGGCCUUAAGCGGGUGUAGGAUAAGAGUAAGUCGAUGAGUAAAAUAGUUGAUCUGGAUCUAGUUAGCUUAGUCAGAUGAAAGGCGCUAAGCCUCAGGGAUCUUCGUACUUAACUGACAACAACAGAAGCCAAAUGCUUUGUCUUCUCAUUUUUACCUUGUGUUUGUGCAGAUUAGCACUAGCCACAGGACAGGGGCGACAUCGCGGAGAAUGAUGCAGAACAUUACCCAAACCGUAGCCAUUGGGCUGCCUUAUGCGUAAUCUAAUUCUGAUGCUAUCCUGGCCGCAACGCCGGUGAAAUUAAUUAUGGUCUUUGAGUCGUCGCUAAGUUUUUUUUCAUUUUUUUUGUUUCUUUGGCGGCGAUUCUUUCUGUGCAAUUCUUGUGAUUGUUCAUUGUGGAGUUAUCCACCAGUAAGUAGAUUUUUUUUUUGCUUCAUCCUUUUACCUUUACAACAAAAAUAAUUUCAAAAACAAGACUAGCUUACCAGCUAUUUUCAUUUUUUACCUUUACAACGAAAAUAAGUUCAAGAACAGGCCGCCUAGCAUUUCAUUGAUUCUCGUACAUCAACAUUUAUUUUUUUCUAUUUCUAUAACAAGUAAAUAUGUAUUUUUGAACGAAUGUCUUCAGUCAGUCAAGCUCAAGGCUGUGAAAUUAAUCGGAUCGUCGCUAGGUUUUUUUUUGUGUGUUUUCUCCCUUUUACUUGGCGGCAAUCCUUCUAAGGAUCUUUCCUUUCCUUUCUCGUCUUUUUUGUGUACUUAGUAGCCUAGCUCUAGAGCGAAAGCGAAACCAAUCUAGUAGAUCCAAAUAUUUCACUCUAAAUCGAAGUCCCUCGCUUUUCAUUCUUACUGGCUUUGAAUUUGUUGAUACUCCUCAAUAUGGAUGUAGAAGCGGUGACCUGUGACCUUUUAAGCGUACAGAAAGAGGAGUAUGCUUUUUUUGAGCCUUUUUUUCUCGUUUUUAGUGGGGAAGGUCCUUUCCGUAGUUUCUUUUGCCGGACACGAUCGGCAGGCGUGGCAGUCCUUCUCUUGUAUUUUGUCGGCUGUAUUGUCUACUCCAACUGUAGUAAUAUCAUAGUUGUACUUGUAGGAUGUAUGUGCAGCUGGUGCAGAUAAUACUUUCAUCAGCCCAGCAACAGGCUCGGCAACAUAAAUAAACAUAGGACAGCGCAUGCAUCGGUUCUUUCUUGAUCCGUAUGAUGGCGCGUCAGGCCUAUAUGCUUACCUUGCCACAGGUGAGCCAACUCCUAUCCUAUCUUAGAUUAAAAGAGGAGCAACAACUCAGCGAUCAAUGAUGGGUCUUCUGAAGAUUCAUAAUUGUUCUAAUCGGUGUAAAGGCUCUCCUCUUGAAGUACCUCUACACUGAAUGGCCUCAUACAUAGAUGUGAAACGGUAAACAACAGGCGCCACGACAUGACAUGACAGUUCCACGGCCGUCCUUUUGGAUCAUACACUGCUGCAAUUGUAUCGUCCCUCUGGACGAGGUAGACUAGAAGAACGUGGCGAUGAUCAUCAGCCUAGACUUCGAGUCUUGUCUUCUUCAGAGAUGGAGAUCCCCAUUCCUAUUUGAUAAGAUAUUAAGAUGAAAAUAGUCAAAUACAACUCUUACGGUGUCAAGCUUUAGGAUCAGUCCAAAAGCAAAAAGACACCUUCGAGGCUGUCACACCUAGGAUGACGCUGCAACCAUGAGUAUCAUGCUUGCUGAGUUUACCCUCAGGUCGUGAUCGCCCCUCCCAUAGACAGCACUGGUAUAUUGCUAUACAACCUGUGCAGCGGUGGACACAAAAAUUAUGUAUGAAGACAUUGACAUGCCUAGUUAGUACCGGCUUGAGUUAGAGUCGUCAAUGUCAUAUAUGAAUACCGCGCCAACCUAAAAUAUGCAGGAACAAGGUCCUUCGUACGUACUGCUAUUCAGCGUAUGUUGACUUCGACCUGCCCCCCCUCGGUUUUCCCACCCUACCUGUAUUUUUGACCUACUAGAACACCAAGAAGACUUCCUCACUAGAGCUAGUAGACCAUAAUUAAGAAGAAAUACUGAGUCCUCUUCUGUACUCUGUAGAUAUGGUUCUACUCUACAACUUGGAACGUAAAAGAUGACUUUGAAACGUCCUAGGUUGUAUAUCUCCAUUUUUAAUGUCCCCCACACCAACCAUGAAAAACUUUCUCACGUAUAGGAAAAUGAAAAAAGACCAAUGAAAAACUGCUUAAGUACAAGGCCCCCCACCCCCACGAAUUCUCAAGUCCUUGUACGUGUUGUCGUCACAAAAACCAUCAAAAGGAGUUACAAAAAAGAGGUCCUUGUACGUGAUGUAGUUACAAAAACCCAUGGUGUGCGAGCCCCUGUUGAAGAAAUCUGAAAUAUCACGAAGAUCAUGAUACGAUGAUUGCCACCGUGUUUCUCAAUGCACGUCCCUAUCUACGGAUGAUCUACCAUCUCUAAGAAGCAUUUCUGCAGUUAUAUGUACGAAUGUCACUAAGUGUGGACGAGGUGAUGAAUGAAUGUUCCGAGAAGCACGGUUGGUUCUUACUUCUUCGGUCAAAAUUCAAACAUCCAGUUCCAGAUCCUCCACUCAAGAUCCAGAUCCAGA